UGAAGAUAGUGAAGACUUUGAUAUAGAAUUAGAUACUGAACAUGUUAUCACUAAUCAUAAUAAUAAAGUGUAUUGCAGGUGUCAUUUAUGUGCUAAAGAAGGUUAUAGUAGUGCUUGGGUUAGCAAGAAUAUCCGAACUAGACAUAUGAAAGCUCAAAAUUCUAUAGCAAUACAUACAAAGCCAUCAAGUUCAAAAUUUA